CACAUCUUCAAUACACUUCAGCAAUCAUGGGUUGGUUCGAAUCUCGCGAGGAACAGGCUAACGCCUACAACGACACCCCUGUCGAGGAGCACAAGGCCAAGUUCAGCCACGAGCUCAUCGGUGGUGCCGCUGCCUACGAGGCCAUGAAGGCCUACGAGGAGCACCAGGAGAAGAACGGCAAGCCCGCCAACCACGCCCAGGCCAAGGAGAUCCUCGCCGGUCUCGCCGGUGCCUUCAUCGACCGCGAGUUCGAGACCAAGGGUCUUGACCAGAUCGAUAACUGGCAGGAGAAGCGCAGACUUGCCAAGGAGCAGGCUGCCGCCCACAUUGAGGACACCGAGGAGAGCCAGUUCGGCUUCUAAGCGAUUGGAAUAUGAGUUGGACGCACCUAUCUGUUUAUGAUGUACGGUAGUGUGUAUGACAUG